CAGUCCCGAAGUCGCCGUCAUGGUGUCUGCGGAGCUCGUGCUGGCCGGCGUUGCCGUGGCGCUUCUGUUGUACCUGGUCAAGGCGGCCUAUUCCAGGCCGCACAACUUCCCUCCAGGUCCGCCUGCCCUUCCGAUAUGGGGCAGCUACCCCCUGCUGCUCCUGGAGAACUACAAGUUCCCCUACCGCGUGCUGGACGCCAUGACGCGUCGCUACAAGUCCAAGGUGAUCGGCUUCUACUUCGGCAGCUACCCGGCGGUGGCCGCCUGUGACCACCAGAGCGUCAAGGAGGUGCUCAGCAACCCGCACAUGCAGGGCCGCGUGAUCAACGUACUGGGCGACGUGAGGAACUACCACAAGGACCUUGGCAUCUUCCUGUCGGAGGGCCCGCAGUGGCUGGAGCAGCGGCGCCUCACCCUGAGGCACAUGCGAGACUUUGGCUUCGGCCGCCGCUCUGCACGGCUGGAGGCGGAGAUCGAGGCAGAGCUGAGGGACCUGCUGGAGCUCAUCGGAGGCGAUCGGAAGGACGAGGCGGUGACCCGACAAUCACCAGGAGGGGACGGCUCGCGUCGUGUUCUGCUGCCCGAAGCGCUGUUCCCCACGUUCAUCAACUCCAUCUUGGCGGUGUACACGGGGGCCAGGCUUCCACGCUCCGCAGACGAGACGGCUCGUCGCCUGGGCAAGGCCGGCAUCAGGUUCCAGCGGCACGGAGACACGACGGGGGGCUUCCUCACCAUCCACUCGUGGCUGGCCAGAGUGGCGCCUGUGCUGUCCGGAUACUGGGACGGACUGGAGGGCUCUCUCCAGCUGAGGAGCUUCCUGGAGAAACUGAUCGAGGACCACAAGAAUACCUACGAAGACGGCUACGAGCGUGGCUUCAUUGACACCUACCUCAGGGAGAUCAAGCAACGAGAGCACACGGGAGAACCGACACCAUUCACCACGGAGCAGCUGGCCAUAAUCCUGCUGGACAUGUUCUUCCCGAGCGCGACCGCCCUCACGUCCGCAGUGACCUGGGCCCUGAUCUACGUGGCCCACCACCCGGCGGUGAUGAGGAGGGUGCAGCGGGAGCUGGACGCCGUGGUGGGCCGCGGCAGGGCGCCCAGCCUGGACGACAGGCCACACCUGCCGUACACCGAAGCCACGCUGAAGGAGGUGAUGAGGAUCAACACCCCCGCACCCAUCAGCGUCCCGCACAAGGUGACGGAGGACACCUCGCUGCAGGGCUACUCCCUGCCAAAGGGCAGUGUGGUCAUAACGUGCCUGUGGAGCAUGCACAUGGACAAGGACGUGUGGGGAGACCCGGAGAACUUCAGACCAGAGAGGUUUCUGGACGAGAACGGACAGCUCAGCAGGAAAGACUUCAGCCUGCCGUUUGGUGCUGGCAAGCGGCUGUGCGCGGGCGAGACGUUCGCCCGGCAGAACAUGUUCCUGGCGUUCAGCACGCUGCUGCAGAGCUUCAGCCUCGCGGCCGACGGCGCGCCGCCUCUGGGCUGCAACAUCCCGGGCAACGUGGAGACCCAGCCCUCCUUCUGGGCGCGCUUCCAAGCUCGCUGAAAGACAAGCCGCGUACGCCGCUCUACACGGCUGCCUCUGUUCGCGUUGGAAAACGCGGUCGAAUGCGGGGAAAAUAUUACAAAACCUCUACACUCAAUGUAAUAUAAUGUUGAAGUUGAGUAGAUUAGAUUAGAUUAGGUUUACUUUCAUUCCAAUUGAUCCGUACUGAGGAGGUCCUCCUGGAUGUGGAACAUGUCAGAAAAACAACAAUACAUGACAAAUAUUUACAACUAAAACAAAUAAGCUAAUGUACCAUUCCACAGGUCCCAAGUGGAAUGAUCGUCAUUUUUUAAUGAACACUGAGAGUCAUUUUACAAAUACUAAUGCACUGAAUUUAAAAUAAAAAAGUUUUUUAUUUAUUUAUAAGGUAAUAAGCAUGUAAUACAACUACUGUAAUACUUAUUUACAAUGAACACAUUACUGCACUGAAAUGGUGCAGAAGUUAGAUUAUACUUACACACACACACACACACACACACACACACACACACACACACACAGGAACAGACACACAAAUUUUCAGUGAACACAUUACUGCACUGAAAUUGUGCAGAAGUUAUGUUGUACUUAUAUACAAAUCAGUUGGUUUUAUUAAGAAAUUCAUCAAUGGAGUAGAAGGAGUUGGCCACCAAUAAAUCCUUUAGGCUUCUCUUAAACUGAAUUUCAUUGGUUGUUCAGCUUUUUAGGCUGCUGGCAAGUUAUUGAAAAUGUGUGUUCCUGAAUAAUGCACACCUUUUUGUACAAGACUAAGUGACUUUAAAUCCUUGUGAAGAUUAUUCUUAUUUCUAGUAUUGAUUCCAUGAAUUGAGCUGUUGGUUUGAAAAAGUGAUAUAUUUUUAAUGACAAAUUUCAUUAAGGAAUAAAUAUAUUGGGAAGCUGUAGUUAGUAUCCCUAGUUCCCUAAACAGACUUCUGCGGGAUGUAUUGGAGAACACGAUUCCCCAUUAGUGAAUUACCCGAUACCGUGUAUUACUGUACGAUUACAUCAAUUUACUAACAAAAGAGGGACUCCAUUUUAUCACUUUGAGCGAUAAAUGAAUGAUUUCUGUAGCAAAACGAUUUCUCAUUAGUGAAUAACCCAAUACUACGUGUAUUUUUUUCGCACUUACGUCGAUGCGCUAACGAAAGCUGCUUCAUUGUAUCACAUUGAGCUAUAAUUAAAUGAUUAAUGUACAAUUUGCAUGUAUUUUGUGCUAAUACCAGUUCUCAUUACUUUUUUACGUUUUGUUAAUAGUUCCACAUAAAAAUAUUGUAGUGAAUGACAAAAAUUCCUUGUCAAAAUGUUAAUACUAAUUAUGGAAUGAAUUGAUACGUAAAAUUACCAGUUUAAAAUUGAUGAACCUUUAUUCAUUUCAUUAGUUAUUUUUCGAUAUUUACAAUCAAAUAUUAAAACGAAGAUUUAAUAGCUCAAAACGCAAGAAGUUAAUAACUCUGUAAAUUAAGAGCUUUAAUUGUAUUUAAGCUCUUUAAGAAUGGAAUAUGUUAGCUUGUUAAUGAAAAUGUUAUAAAUACCUCAUGCAACAGAAUUUGGUUGGCAGAAAUGGACGAGCUGUGUAUUAUGUUAACAUGAUGCUGGAAUCUGUACAAGUUGGUAUGUGAGUAGAAAAAGCUAACUGGGAAGAUAUUAAUAAUUACCUUUUGCGUCUCGAAAAUAAUAAGAGAUGUAAUCAGAAAAGAGUGCCUGGUUACUAAUUUGUGAUAACGACCUUGGACUAGUUUGUCCUGUGUCGAUACUACAUAAAAUACACUUUUAUUCUUAUUCUGACAAUGUGCAUUUCAUUCUUACCAUGUGGUCAUAUAUUUAGGUUAUUUUGCCAAGGAAUUCAACUGCAGAGGUAGUUCUACCACUAUGCAAUGAUAAAAUUAUUAUGAUGCACUUAUUAUGCAUUUGUCAUUGUUAAUGUCUUUACCUUUAUGUGCUGCUAACACAUAUAGCAUGAAUUAUAUACGUAACA